UACUACUUAUGUAGAUGUAUGCAUAUAAGACUACAUUGAAGUUACUGCUUGAAGAACUAAUAUUGAGAGCUGCACAUAAAAAUCUUGCUUAGCAGAGGAGAGCUAAAAUCUUUGACCCUGAUAAUAAUGUCAGUUUUCUACUUUCUGUUUGGAAUAUGGUAGCUUUCUUCUGGAAAGAUAUGAUUUCACCGGGCUGGGAAAGGAAGGUCUGCUGAACUCCGAGAGAGCAUAAAAAUCAUAAAGUCAGACAGUUUUAAAAGUGGUUAAUCUUGAUUAUUUGUAUCUCUUUCAGUGUUAAAAAAAAAAUGAAUACUGCCUCAACUUCAGAAAGUGGAUCAUAUUCCACAAACCACACAAGACCCUUUUUUUAUGCACAGCCAACAGCACAACAACCUUUUCCAAAUCCAUGGUACCUCAGUCAUGGAUACAGCCCAUACUACGUACCUGCUCCAGGCUUCCGAAGUGGAAAUCCAUAUUUUCCAUUUUAUUCUGUUGCACUCCAUGAGUACCCUGGAUUUCUUGUUCCACAGCAUCCAGUGCAUGCAAGAAUUAACAGAAGGCCUUAUUUUAAUGUUCCCCCACCUUCCCCUAUGUUUUAUCAUGCAACAAGGUUUAGACACUACAGUACCCCUGGGAAAAAAAUGGAGACAAAAGAAACACAGACUGAUCCUAGACAACCUGAAAACAAGCAAAAAAAGCAUCAAGAUACCCGUACAGAAACGAAAGGUUGUGAUGCAGGAAGUAUGGCCUGUGUUUCUUCUGGUAUAGGUACAGAGACUGAAAGUACUUCAGAGAAACAAGAUUCAUCUGGAUCUUCCAUUGUGGUAGACAGAGAGUUUCAUAACAAGACCCCUUCCAGCUCUACACAGUAUAGAAAUCUUCCUACUGGAAGCUAUGCCUUUGAGAAGGAAGAAGUGAGGAUAGAAUAUGGAAAUGGCUCUCCAGCUAUUCAACUGUGGAAGUCCUUUAAAGAAACUAUCCCUUUGUAUGAUGUGGCAAGUGGUAAACCAGUCCCAGAAAAUAUAGUACAGCGUGACUUAUUUUCUGUUAGUUCAUGUGAAGGAAUGAUAUAUGGCCCUCAUGAAGGGGAGAAAAUGGUGCCUGGAACUUAUUUAGAUGAGAGAAAAGCUGUUCUCACCUCAAAACAGGGUGUUGAAACUGUGCAAGGAAAAGAGGUCCAAAGUAAUGAAGUGAAGGUGGAUGCGGAAAAGCAGGUAAAUACAAGUCAAUGGGCGAAAUCCCCCCCAGGUGAAACCAUGGCAGUGCAAAUGGCAGAAUUGGCAAGAUCUGUUAGCAUAGAUCAACCAGUGGUAAGACAGGAUGUGGUAGUAACUAAGAAAUCUAGCUCUAAAAAAUCUGCAGGCUCAAAAACUUCUCAAGAAGAGCCCAGCUUUAUUCAACAAGCAGGACUACCAUCUGGCAUGGAGGUAAUGAGUGACUUAAAUUUUCAGCAGAAAAAGCUGAAUCUAAGCCACAGCGCAACCAAUGAAAGUCAAACAGAUAAAAGCAUUUGGUGUGAUGAAUCUAUUGAGAAGUACGUUCCCUCUAACAGUUGGCUGGCUUGUUUGGAGAAUAUGGACACAAACUACAACUACGAUGUUUGUUUGCCACAAAGGAAGCACCAAAGUGUACUCAGUCUUUCUUCUGAUGACGCGUCCUCUAGAGAGGAAGGCUCAUCAGUUGAUGAUGCUCCAGUGUCUUAUUUUGUCCCUGACUAUGUGCUUCAGAAAAGCAUGCAUACUUUCCAGAAAAGUACAGAGGGCUUAGAGAAAGAGAAAAUUAGAAGUGGUGGGUCCCUUAAUGAAAAUGAAGUGGUAGGAAGGGAGCAGAUGGACAUCUUGAAUGACCAAGGUGUCAAAAACUCUUCAACCAUGAAUAUGAAAGAGACUUCUGGUAAAGGUGGAAAGCUGGGAACCCUUCUGAGAUCUUCUAGUCAGAAAAAAUUAAAUCCUCUCAAGAAAAAAGCAGCUAAGAGUAUGUCAGAAGUUGAGGACUCUGAAGAAUACUCUGUGAGGGGAGAAGAGGAGGAUGAAGAGGGAGAACAUGAGGAGGAUGAGGAUGAUGAUGACUAUGAUGAUGACAUGGAUGAAAUUGAAUAUUUCUUUCAAGAAGCCACUCCAUAUGGAAUCUUGACGCCUGGUAAAGGAAGCUUCUACCAAGUUGGCCAGAGGGUGCUUUGGAAGCCAUCUAAAAAUGCUAUACGGGCUCAAUUAAUUAGCUGGCCUGCUCAAGAGAAGAUAAAAACUAGGAGUGGGCUUGGUGAAAACAUUGGUGUAGUUUAUAAGCCAAAGGGGAAAGAACAAGAUGAAGUUGUAUACAGUGAUUAUGGAUAUUAUGGAAGAAAGAAGCCUACAGCAAGAAGAGAACAACUUGAACACCAGCGAAUGCUACAGAAAUUCUUGGGAGGGAGUCUGCUGAGGGAGAACAUGGGGAUACCACCUGAAGAGUAUUGGAUUAGAAGUGGUGCUAAACCCAAACUUGCCAGCCAAACACAGGGAAGUCUCUCACCCCCAGCAAAGAGCAAAGAUCAAGGUUGCCCACUUUUGCUUAAACCAAAGAGGAAAAGAAUAAGCAAACCACUAUCAAAACGCAGAGACACAAGAUGUGAGGUAGAAGAAAUAGUGUGGGAGAUGCCUAAAAGCAGUGUGCACAGAGGGCAUGGAACAAGGAAGUCCCUCUGUAAGAGAAAAUAACUGCAAAUAGUGGGGCAAGGGGGGGGGAAGAUGUAUCAGAAUUUUGCAUAAAUCCAUAACUGUUAUUAUUGUAUAUUUUGUAAGUUGUUGUGCACUCUUAAAGGGUAAGAAGUAGCACUGUAAAGACUGAGGGCAUUAUUAAAAUGGAAUUAAGUAUUUAACACUUAUGUCACCUUUUUAUAACUAGCAUGUCCACUAUUUAAAUAAU